AUGGCUGUAUUUAAUGGCACUCUAGUGUCAGAAUUCAUCUUAACAGGACUUUCUGAUCUGCCAGCUGUCCGCUUCUCCCUCUUUGCUGCUUUUCUGCUCAUCUACCUGGUCACCCUGCUGGGAAAUGGCACCAUCCUUCUUGCCAUAGGAACGGACUCUAACCUGCAUAACCCCAUGUAUUUCUUCCUCAGUAACCUUUCAUUGCUAGACAUCUUCUGUCCUACAGCAACAGUUCCCAAGAUGCUGGAGAACCUCUUGUCAGAGAGCAGCAGCAUUUCCUUUGCUGGUUGUGUGCUGCAACUCUACUUCUUGGUAGCCCUGGCAGGAACGGAGGUCUUUCUCUUGGCGGUCAUGGCUUACGACCGUUAUGUGGCUGUCUGCAACCCCUUGCGAUACACAGUGAUUAUGAACAAGAGGGUCUGCCUUCAGAUGGCUGCUGGCACCUGGAUCACUGGCUUCCUCAACUCCUUGCUACACACAGUGAUGACUUUCACUCUUUCUUACUGUAAGUCCAAUAGAGUCAAUCAGUACUACUGUGACAUUCCACCGGUGUUGGCUUUAUCAUGCAGUUCCACCUAUAUGGCUGAGAUGGUUGUUCUGAUCUUUGGUGGCAUUUUUGGUGUGGGAGCUUUUUUGGUGACACUGGUCUCCUAUGUUCGUAUCAUCUCUGCCAUUCUUAGGAUCCGUUCUGCUGAGGGGAAGCGCAAGGCUUUUUCCACCUGUACUUCUCAUCUCAUAGUGGUGUGCCUCUUUUAUGGAACUACCAUUUUCACCUAUGCCAGGCCUUCUUCCAGUCACCAUCCAGACCAGGACCGGCUGGUGAGCAUGCUGUACGGUGUGAUCACUCCCAUGUUGAACCCCUUGAUUUAUAGCCUUAGAAACAAAGAAGUGAAAGGGGCUUUGAAGCGGCUGAUGAUUCAUUAAUGGCAUUAGCACUGAAAGGGUAAAAGAGUUAUCUAUUUAUCCUGUACAGAGCUAGGAAAAGUUCCUUUCCCCAAGAAUUUCAUAGUUUUUUCCAAAA